AUGAUGAAUGACAAUGGUUUGAAUAAUAGCCAUAAAAUGAACAACACAAAUAAUUUGGCUAGCAGUAAUAAUCGAAGUAACAUGUUUCAAAAUCGUGGUGGAAUAAAUCAAAACGCUGCGAAUCCCAAUAUUCCAAUUGCUCCAUCAAAUAAUAUUCACCAUAUAAAUGCACAAGGAAAUGCAAAUAAUAAUAUCAUUGGGUCAGGAAUUAACAAUUACAAUGCUAAUGGUGUAAAUAUGCAUAAUAUGGCUAAUUCAAAAAUGAAUAAUAAUAAUAUUAGUAACAGUAACAAUAAUAAUAUAAAUAAUGGAGAAAUGGGAAUGUCCAACAAUUUUAAUAAUGCUCAUGUAAAUCCAGGAUCUUCUAUUCGCGUUGCACCAAAUGAUGAUGAAGAGAAAAAAAAAAUAUAUCAAUUAAUAUUUGAUUUAUGUUUUUCUGAAAAAAGAGAAAGUGCAUUAUUAGAAUUGUCGAGAAAGAGAGAAAAAUAUCAUGAUAUUGCACCUGUAUUAUGGAAUUCUUUUGGAACUAUAACGACCUUAUUACAAGAAAUUGUGUCGAUAUAUCCACAAUUAUCACCACCCUUAUUAACAACAUCUUCAUCAAAUCGAGUUUGUAAUUCAUUGGCUUUGUUACAAUGUGUUGCUUCACACCCAGAAACAAAACAACAUUUUUUAAAUGCACAUAUACCAUUAUUUUUAUAUCCCUUUUUAAAUGCAGAAUCAAAAAAUAGACCUUUUGAAUAUUUACGUCUAACGUCUCUAGGUGUCAUUGGUGCAUUAGUUAAAGUUGAUAAUCCAGAUGUAAUCAAUUUUUUAUUACAAACAGAAAUAAUACCAUUAUGCUUACGAAUCAUGGAAACAGGAAGUGAACUAUCUAAAACAGUUGCUACAUUUAUUGUUCAAAAAAUAUUAAUAGAUGAAUUAGGAUUAAAUUAUAUAUGUGCCACACCUGAAAGAUUUUAUGCAGUAUCAACAGUUUUAUCAAAUAUGGUUAAUGCAUUAGUUGAAAAUCCAUCAUCAAGAUUAUUAAAACAUAUAGUUCGUUGUUAUUUGAGAUUGUCUGAAAACCCAAGAGCUUUAGAAGCAUUAAAAUGUUGUUUACCUGAUUCUUUGAAACAUAUUAAUAAAGCUUUUAUUCCAUGCCUUAAAGAAGAUCCAUAUACAAAAAAAUGGCUAAUUCAGUUACUUUAUAAUAUUAACAAUGCAGAACAAACACAAAAUGUUUCGAAUCAUCUUAAUGCACUAAAUAAUAUGCAUAUUCAUCAUGUCGGACCACAAAAUAUUUCAAACCCUCAUCCUGUAAAUUCAAAUAGUCAUAUAAAUAAUUUGACAAAAAAUAAUUAUAAUAAUAUUCCACCAAACAUGAAUGAUACUAUAAUGCAAGAAAAUAAUAAUAUCAAAAGUAGUAAUACAGGAAAUAAAAAUAAUACCAACAAUUAUAAAGAUCAAAAUAAUGCAACUAAUAUCGGUUCCAAUUCGAAUAGUAAUAACAUUUCAAACAUACCUAACAAAUCAAAUCAUUCAAAAUCAGGAUCAAGUAAUAUACCUACUAUGCUUUCAAAUAAUAGUCAACAUGGUAAUUCACAAAAUGCUGCUACAUCAAAUAUUAAUAAUAGUAAUAAUUCAAAAACGGGUUCUACAAAUAGCGAUAAUAUAACAAAAAAUAUUGCCAUGUCAGGCAAUAAUAAUACUAGUUCAAUUAAUGUUGGUAAUAAUAUAGAUGUUUCUAAUACAUCUAACAAUGCAGAAAUAGAAACUGUUCCAACAAAUGGAUCUAAUAACACACCCUCAACUUCUGCUAAUGCAGAUACUACUAUAACUACUAACAAUAGUAAAUAA